UCGGGCCUGAUUCUGGCCCCGCUGGGGUUAGAUGAACCCAGCGCUGUUUUUGUUUCCUAAUCCAAGGGUAGACUUGCUUUCUUGGUACCUUGUCUUGUGCACUUCUCCUCAAAGGCAAUAAAGAGCCCCGGUUCCCAUUCUUUCCCUUUUGAUCCUAUGCCGGCUCAUUUGUGAUUAUCACGAGAAAGACGUUCAUUUCCAGAGCAGUGCUCACUGAAUACAUUCAUUUUUCAAACAGCUCAUCACACUCAUUCCCAAGGAGGAAUCAGGGAUACCAUUAGCCUCUACCACCGUACGAUAAAAACAACAAACGCACAUACAAUACAACCCACAGACGAUCACUCUGUAUAACAACGCCGGCUGGUCCUUGAAGCAUACAUCUUGCCUUUGAACCACUAGAUACCCCAAUUUGCCAAAAUGAAGUCCGCAAUUAUUGCUGCUGCUGCUUUGGCCUCAGCCGCCAUUGCUCAACCCCACAACCAUCACCGCCGCCACCAGCACGAGAAGCGCGAUCUCGUGGUAGAAUGGGUUACUGAGGAGCUCACUAUCACCGUCAUGGUUGACGAGGCCACUACUGAAACCUUCUACCCAUCUACAACCCAGGAGGUUGUCGCAACCUCUUCCGGCUCUCCUGGACAGUUUUUCCAGGCCGCCAGCGUCAGCACUUCCUCGUCGGUUGCUGCACCAUCGACUACACUGGUUGCCAAACCCUCGACUGAGAAGACCGUCGCUCCUGUUGAGCCCACAACAACCAGCAUAAGCACCAGCACCAGCUCGACUCCUGUUGCUGUUCCCACCACCACAAGCACUACCCCGGUAGCCGUUCCAACCACUGCUACUCCUACCACUACUACUCAAGCUCCUGUUGUUGUGCCGUCCUCUACAUAUGUCGCCCCUGCCUCUUCCACCACCGCAGCUGCCAGCUCCGGAGGCAGUGGCACCACGUACAACAGUGACAUGACAUAUUACCAGAUCGGUCUCGGUUCUUGUGGUUACGAUGACUCUGGCCUCGAUCUGAGCAAGCCUGUCGUUGCCAUCAGCAGCACGCUUUGGGACUCUGUUAGCACUGCUUCUAAUUACGGUAUUGAUCAGCCAGCUCAUCCCUUCUGCGAUCAAGAGAUUACUAUCAAGUACAACGGCAAGACCACCACUGGUGUUGUCCGCGACAGAUGUCCCGGUUGCCCUGCUGAGGGCAUUGAUGUCUCUGAAAUUAUUUUUGACGACCUCGUCGGUGGAACUGGAGCAGGUAGAGUAGAAGUAGAGUGGUCAUGGAAUUCGGGCAAGUGGUAACAGAGUCGCAUCUUCUGCCAACAAUGCCAUCAGAAGCUUCGCAUUUGCUACUGGUGAGGCUUGCCACCAAACUCAUGCUUACGAUUACGAUUCUGUUUUACUGGUUUACUUCCUUCGCAUGUACUUCGGCCAAGCUCAAGUAUAAAAAUCAACGGAGUUCUGGAAUAAGCUGAUAGGCGCAUCUACAAGGCAGAGAGCCCUGAUCACCGGCUAGAGAAACAUCGGGUUUGGGAGAGAAAAAAAAUUGCCUCGGUGCCCCGAGAAGCUUGAUCUCGUUGCUGAGUCACGAGAUUGAUAGAUCUUCAAUUCUAAUGUAUAUAUUUAGAAACAAUUCAAAGAAUUCAAACCAUUAUUAGACG